UUGACAGGCGAAAAAUAACAUGGACGCCAAAUUUGCCAGUUGUGCUGUCUCAUAGGGUAGAGAAACAAAGCCGAAAAUCACAUCAAUUCCGUUCGUAACGGAUAAUAAGUCGCUUAAACGGAGCCUAGUCUACAAGGAAUUAACCAAGAUGAAGAUUACACUUAAAAAUUUACAACAGCAAACCUUCCAAGUUGAAAUCGACGCCUCAAAGUCCGUGAAAAAUUUAAAAGAAAAGAUCGAAGCUGAGAAAGGCAAAGAAUACCCCGCGGAUAAUCAAAGGCUUAUAUACGCCGGAAAAAUUUUAACUGAUGAAACUGCACUUUCUGAAUACAAUAUUGAUGAGAAGAAAUUCAUUGUUGUUAUGGUAACGAAACCUAAACAACCAGAAAAAUCUGAGAGUGGUGACGGAUAUGUUACAUCAACAGCUAGCACCCCAGCUAUCGCCCCAACAACCCCAGCAAACACCCCAGCAACGAAUCCUGAUAAUACUUCCGAAACUGGUUCAACAAACCCAUCAGAUGCUUUAAGCACCCCAGAAUCAACUUUACUCACUGGAGAUGAAUAUAACAGAAUGGUGCAAAAUAUAAUAGACAUGGGGUACGAUCGAGGACAAGUUAUUCAAGCUUUAAGGGCGAGUUAUAAUAACCCAGAUCGAGCUGUUGAGUAUCUAAUCAAUGGAAUCCCCAAUAUGGAUGAUCAAGAAUCAGUUAAUGAGAGUGCGGAUAUGUCAGGAGUGGAUGAGCAACAAUCCGAUUCGGAUGAUCCAUUAGCUUUUUUGAGAACACAACCUCAAUUUCAACAAAUGAGACAAGUCAUCCAACAAAAUCCGCAGCUUUUAAACGCAGUUUUGCAACAAAUUGGGCAAACUAACCCAGCUUUGUUGCAGUUAAUUUCCCAAAAUCAAGAAAGUUUUGUUAGGAUGUUGAAUGAACCUUCGAGUGGUGGAACUCCAGCAAGUGGAAAUCCUCAAAAUCAAGGUGCAAAUCAAGCGUCGGGAGUUCAAUUAUCGCCUGGGCAAAUACAGGUCACUCAACAAGAUAAAGACGCCAUAGAAAGGCUGAAAGCUUUGGGUUUUCCUGAACACUUGGUAAUACAAGCGUACUUUGCUUGUGAGAAAAACGAGAAUUUGGCGGCGAAUUUUCUUCUUUCGCAAAAUUACGACGAUUGAGAACUGAGAAUUUUUCGCUCCCCUUAAAUAAAACACGGUUUGAGGUUUUAAAAGCUCUCCCUUUACAAACAAAAAAAUUUAACAAAAAAAAAAUGAACGCCCUCCCCAAAGCUCUAGUUAACUUUUUGAAUAUAAAGAAUAAA